UUAUCUCUGCAACAACUACAUCUAAUGAAUCAAUUGAUAUUAUUGGUGAAGUUGUUUCAUUAGGAAAGCUUGAUUCCCGUGAUGUCAGCAAAUCUCUACAUAGGCUGCCUUUACAAAUAAGAAACUUAGAAGGUUUGCAGGUUAAUGUUACGUUUGUUUGGAGAUAUUGCAUACCAGUUAAUUUCUUAUCUUGAAGCUCAUAAAGAAGUUGGUCGUGUGAUUGUCCUUUUGCAAUUUGCAAAAAUUAAUGUCUAUAACGCAACACCUUCUGUGAACAGUUAUUUUGAACACACACGGAUGUUCAUAAAUGCUAAUCUUCCGAAAUUGUUACAUUCACAGAUAGUUAAAAAUGUUGUCGAUUUGAUAGAACCACAAGAGGUCGGCCAAUAUAUCAUUGUCGGGACCAUUUAUGGUAUUCGCCAAGAUAUUGAUUGGUAUUAUGAUGCGUGUACAAACUGUGGAAAGAAAGUUCAAACAGAAGAUUUGUUCAGUGGUGCAGAUAGUGGCAUAAAAAUACCUAUUCGUGUGCAAGAUGAUUCUGGAACAAUCACUCUAACUCUCUUCGAUAGAGAUGCUUAUAGAAUCGUCAAAAAACGCGCACGUGAUCUUAUAGAUAAAAUCAAACAGAUAGAUGUUAACAGUUUUAAUGUAUCCAAUAACUACAAUCGGUUUGGGAUACUUGGCUAUACGGUUGAUAGUAACGUUAUCGAUGCUUUGGAAAAAAAGUUAGCUGUCGAGGCAGGUAGUCCUGCAAAUGCUGAUGAUACAGAAAUCGCAUCUCAUGAAGUAUCUCAAGAAACAAAGUCCUUAAAGGAUGCGAUAUCGCAAACAGGUGAUAAUUUGACCCCAACAUUGCCCGACAAAUUUGAAGCUACAAGUCCGUUCAAGUAUAAUUCCCCAACAACAGUAAAAAAACGAAAUGUUGGAGAUACCAUUGAUGUUGAUGAUUAUGAUAAUGUGAAUUCAUCCACCAAGGUCCCUCGAUUGAAUUCUAAAGUUGAUGGCAACACAGGUCUAUUAAUACCAAAGCUUGAAAAAGUAAUUUGA